AUGGGCACUGCAAUUGGACAUGUUUUUGCUGGAUCCGGAUAUUUUCUUAUAGGUCUAUGGCACCUUAUUAACCACAUUAAGGUCCAUGCCCUUAAUCCCAACUCCUACAUUUCCUUAACAUUCUUCCCCAUUGCAAAUAAGAGGUACUUAGAGCUCUACUUAAUGAUGGGAGCAAGUGGAUUCUAUAUACUAAUGGAGCUAGUCAUCGGCCAAAUCGGCCACCAUGUUUUCGAUGCAGACGGGUCCAUCUCUAGCAACCAUCUCCGCAACUUCGAGCAUGCGUUCAUCACCUUAUGGUUAUUCGUUUACGCCUUUUUUACCAUAAUCUUGGACCGCUUUUCUCGAUCCAAAUCCAAGUAUGGAUUGACACUAACCUUAGCUUUCGUUGCCUUCGGGCAAGACUACCUUCUUUUCUAUUUCCACUCGACUGACCAUAUGGGACUCGAAGGCCAUUACCAUAGGCUUCUUCAGAUGAUCACUCUUCUCUCGCUUAUAAGCACCGGGAUUAGCAUUAGCCAUCGGAGGAGCUUUUUAGUCAGCUUAGUGAGAUCAUUUAGUCUUCUUUUCAAAGGUUUCUGGUAUCUUGUUAUGGGAGCCGAGCUAUGGAGCCCGGGGCUAAUUCCUAAAGGAUGUUUCAUAAUUAAGGAUGAGUACUUGAAAGUGAAGUGUUCGACGAAGGAAGCGCUCCAGAGGGCGAAAGCUUUGACAACGCUCCAGUUUAGUUGGUUCUUGGUGUUUUUCGUCGUACUCACUAUGUGUUUGUAUUUGUAUAUGAUUAGAAUUUACCCUGAAAAGGUGGGAUAUGAAUUAUUGAUGGAAAAGAAUUAUGAUGCCGGUGAUGAUGAUGAAGAAGAAGAUAAGAAGGAAGCCGGAGCAGCAGAAGAGGCUUAA